CACUUGAUUAAUUAUACUGAAUACACUUUGCUGUUAACUGCAGCAAUCAGUCUGCUCUUAUACAAAGUUUUAAUUGAUAUCAGAAUAUUAAUUCAGUGGAAACUUUCAGAAUUAGCUUUUUAAAGAAAGUGAAGAAAGGAUCACAAACAAAUAUUGCUGAAGUAACAACAGACUUUGGACUAACAGGAGAUACAGCAACAUUCAUACUAAACUGAAGUUAAACUUAGUUUAAUAAAAUUGUUCCAGAUUGCUUAUUUAGAAACAUCAGAGUUACAGUGAGAAAAUACUCCUGUCUACUCUACAACAAAGGUUAAGAAAUUAAAUUAAAGAAUUAGUGCAGAACAACUGUACCAGUAAAUACUGUUGGUGACAUCAGUAUUUCCGUACGGUGAAAAAUAGAUUUUAGAAAAUUAAUUGCAAUUACUUUAUAAAAGUGUAUCAUAUGCAUAUCUUAAUUUACAUCGAUUCAGCGAAAAUAAAAUGAAUGCAUAUUUACGUCAAAUAUGCAGCCAUCUGAUGCUAGCAACCUAGACAAGAGGAUUUAAUGCAUAAUAGGCUACUAGUGAACAGGUCAAUACACAAGUAAACGUGCUCAUUCGUAGGUCAAGUCAGUGAUGCACACUGGGAAGUGCAAUAUAUUCCAAAUCUCCAACAGGUUCUGCCCACCUUUUUGAGGGCUCCAGUUAGACUGGAUUAAAACCCAAACCUAAAUUUAAAUUGCAGGAUAAAAUAUUAUUAUAUUAUUAAUUUAUCAUAAUAAUAUGCUAUUAUCAAUCUAUUAGUCUAAUCUAUUUUAUUAUUAAUGAAGAUUUACCUAUGUUUCUCCUGAAAACACACACACACGCACACAUUACAUAUGCAUAGGCAUAUUACAUAUGCUUCAAGCAGUGUAAAUCUGAACAAGUUAUGAACUGCUAUCGAAUAAAUGAGAAAAAAUUACUGCUAAUAACAAUGAUUCAUACAUUUCAUGACUUUCAAACACAUCUACGAAAUAGUCCCUGUAUUGCAGGAAAUAAUGGUGGUAUCAUUGUUGGAGGUACUGCAAGCCACGCAAACUGCUCACCAACAGACCCGUCAAAUCUAUCCAGACAAAUUAAAAAGAUACAGGUGAAAAACAGAAGAGGAUUUUACCCUGAAUUCAAUUUCCACGUUAGAGAGUUGCGAAUGGUUUAUGGCAUUUCAAAAUACGUGUAUGUUAAUUAGCAGUAUGAUACAGCUAAAAUAAAGUGCUUUAAGUAUAUUUAGUUACUCAAUAUAUCAAGUGCUAUGUGAAAAGCGUCCGUCUAUUUUGGGUUCCAGACUGGAAACCAUUGUUUAUCUGAUUUGAAUUCACGUCUGGCAUGAUUUCCAAGUAUAAUCCGUGACUUCUCAUCUCCUUGCAAGCAAGUAGAAUUCAGAAAUAGGUUUAUUUGUAUUCUCUCUCCGCCGUGCCCUGAGGGGAUAUAGGUCUACAUAUUUUUUAAUGCAGUCGUUUGUUUCUUUUUGUGUUUAUUCUUGGUUGGUUGUUUAUAUUUUUUUAUCAAUGUCCAAAUUCUAUAUUUUGUUCUUUGACAGCGGUUAAAAAGUUUUUAAAAGCCGUAUCUCUCGCCGUACAUUUUCUUUUAUAUUCACAAAUCUUUAAGCUGAGGUAAACAAAUUGGGCUGUGUGUUUACUGCGUAUGACAUUAUUAGAACUGCACAAGUACUUUGCACAAAACUGUAUUCCAAGUGAAAACUGUUGAUGACUACUAUUUUCCUUAGUCUCUUUGCGAUUUUAUUGGUUCGCUAGGGAUUUAGUAAUAAUAUGCAUAAACAUUGUAAAACAGAAUCAUUCUUGGGACACAGCUCAGCAAAUACAAGGAAUAAUACGAUUAGCAUGCGUUAGACAGUAGACCUAUAUUUGGCUAGACGUCUGAUUUGUGUCGGCCUGUCAUCGGCUCUUCCUGUCCACGCUGUCUGACAUCUCAGGAAAAUUUGCCCUCCCAAUACACAAAGUCACAGAUUAGCCAACCCGAAGCCACUGGCUUCUCUAGUGUUUAAGUGACAAAAAAGGCAAGGCUACUUCGGCAAGAAAAAAAAACAGAUAAUCACCCCCUUGUGAAAAAUACCCCUUCCAAUCCACAUCCCCAGUGCGCGCUUCAGUUGAUUGUGUUUGUGUAAUAAUGUAGUUCUCGAAGCGCAGUGUGUUUAAAGUUUUGCAUAAAGUUCAUUAUUUUCAUAUCAGAUGGAAAAAUCUCAUGUCCCUUUCCAUCUAAACUGACCUAUUACAGUUUCAGUAACAGCAGACAUGUUGGUUAUGAAAGGCUAUACAUUAACCUACCACUGUUGAACAUAUCGUGUCUUGGAAAGCCUAAAAUGCACUUGAAAUUAAUUUGAUAAAAUCGUAAGAACUGUAAUUCAACAUUUGCUAAUGUUGCCUAUAGACAUGAAAUGACGAAUAAUUUCUCUAUAAACAGCGCAGCAAUUGUGAAGCUUAUAAUAGUACUUAUAUUAGGUAGACCUGCAAAGGGUUCUUUUUCACUGUUAGAACAGCACGCUUUAGAUAUGCAAAUGUUUUAAUACAAGCCAUCCUUUGAUGACGAUUAUAGGAAGGUUAAUUGCUUUUAAAACCUCAUUGUAGUUUGUUGACUUAAGUCCACACGUUUUCAAAAUAAAGUGUAUUUUAUUCAUUUUUCUGAACCACAAGUAUAUGUUUUCCAUGAAAUAAUAACGUUCUUGUCUUCAGGAAGGGGGCUGAGCUUCCAAGGGUGACACUCUUGACAUUAGUCCCUAAUUGGAAUGUGACUUUGAAGUCCAGCCCUUUCGUCUGAAGUGCGACGCCACCCCUUUCUGCAAGUGAGAACGGCUUUCUUUGGGUGUCAGGGGUUGACUGUAUAGCCUAUAUAAAGACAACCUGGGAUCAAGAUCAUACCAUUACGCUGAGAGCAACGGACAUCAUUCCCACCUGGCAAACAUUGUUUUCCUCUGCAACUGGCAGUGUAAGAUUUGUUCGGUCUUCAGGGAUGGGUGUUUUCGCGAUUUGGGCGCUGUGCGCCGUCCUUUUCUCCACUGCGCGAUGCUUCAGUCAUGAGGAUAUGAAAGAAGCCCUACUACAGAAACUGGACCUAAAUGAGCUUCCCAAAAUUCACAAGAGGGACUUGGAGAACCUUGUCAUCCCGGCGCACAUCAAGAAUAAAUACCUCUCCAUGCUGAGGCUGCACAACAAGCGGCGGCGCAGGUCUCUGCCCAGUUUGGCCGGCAUUCUGAGGGGGAUCCCUGGAAAUGCAGACAUAUCCGGGGAGGUCAUGUACUCUGACACGACAAGGCAGCGACUGGUCUUUGACAUGGAGGCUAGGAUUCCAGACAACAGUGAGGUCACCAUGGCAGAGCUAAAACUCUUCAAGAAGGCUCCAAGAAAACUACCCGUACCCGAGAAGAGGAAACACCGACCUGCCAACAAUGCCCGAGUCAGUAUUUAUUGGGUGGAGGUCUUGGAAAACGGUUCCAACCGGACAUCUCUUGUGGACUCAAGGUUAGUGCCCAUUAUUGAGACCGGUUGGAAGAGCUUUGACGUGUCACAGGCGAUUCACUACUGGUCCAAAACCCAGCGCAAGACCCCAUUGUAUCUGGAGGUUUGGAUCGAAGGCGAGAGACCGGGAAGUUACGCGGCCGAGAUGGCCAAGUGCGUACACUUUGCAACUCAAGACCCCGCGGACAAGACCCUGGGGAAACCAGAACUCGUGUUGUACACACUAAACCUCGAAGAAUAUGGUUCCCGGGGCGACUGUGAACCGAAUAAAGCCAACGACGUGUGCUGCAGAGAAGAGUACUUCAUUAACUUCCGAGAGCUCACCUGGACCCAGUACUGGAUCAUUGAGCCAGCGGGUUAUCAGGCAUUCCGGUGCGCGGGGGGCUGCAAGCAACCAAAGCGUAACUACAGCUAUGGGGAGCGGACCUGCGCGGUGGUGGAGAGCGCGCCUCUGCCAAUGAUGUACCUGGUGAAAAGAGGAGACUACACUGAGAUUGAAGUGGCCGAAUUCCCCAACAUGAUUGUUGAGAAAUGCGGAUGCACAAUGGACAAUAUAUCGAUUGUAUGACAUGCAUGAUCUGUGGCUUUGGAACACAAACGCAUGCAGAACGAAAGUACUUUUAAACUUGUCACGACUGUGACACUGCCACAAAGCGGGACGAGUUUGCAUCGCGUGCCAAUACCACCUCCUGUACAUAGCGCACGUUGCAAAGAAGCACUUAUUUGUAAAUAGCCUACAGUAAUUUAUAUUUGUAGCCUCUAUUUUUUGCAUUCAUGCCCGAGUUCACAGGCAACGCCAGAAUGAAAUGUAAAUGCUUGUAUUUAGAGUGUAUUUUGGUUUGUAUAUGAAUAGCAUAUUUUCUAAUGUUGACGUUUGCGAAUAAAUUAAUUUACCAUUA